UGUCCUGAUGCAACAGCUUCUCCAUUUAUAAUUUGGACAGGGUUAUUACCUAAAGGUGUUAGGAUAGCUAUUCGACGCCUCUGUGCUUUCUUCCAUCAUCUCUGUCAGCGGGUAAUUGAUGUAGACAAAAUUACAGCAAUGGAGGAGGAAAUUGUGGAAACACUCUGCAUGUUUGAGCGUUUUUUUCCUCCAAGUUUCUUUGAUAUAAUGGUGCAUUUGGUAGUUCAUCUAGGCAGGGAAGCUCGGUUAUGUGGACCAGUUCAUUUCCGUUGGAUGUACCCAUUUGAGAGAUUCAUGAAGGUGCUGAAAGACUUUGUCAGAAACCUUGCAAGGCCAGAGGGUUGUAUUGCUGAAGCGUAUCUCGCAGAGGAAUGUGUUAGGUUUUGCAGUCAGUUCUUGAAAAAAACAACAGGUUAUGAGGAGAAACCUGAUAGAAACGCUGAGUAUGAGAGUAGCUCUAUUCUUGAAGGUCGUCCAAUAUCUGCUGGCACUUGUUGUGUUCUUUCUGAGAAGGAUAUGAGCAUUGUACAUCUUGCUGUGAUUCAGAAUAUGACUAUCGUCGAACCUUAUGUGGACAUGCAUCUACAGCAUCUACAAGACACUAAUGAAAAAUGUAGACGUGAUGCAACAAUAUUAUGGAGAAUGCAUUCACAGAAAUUUGCUUCUUGGUUAAAAGAGCAGAUACCUAUUAGCUCAGACCAUCACGACGAGACACUCAAAUGGCUGGCCUACGGACCUCGUGUUAGCUCUAGGUCUUACACUGGUUACAUAGUUAAUGGUCUGCGGUUCCACACGAUUUCAGUUGACAGACAAAGCCAGAACAGUGGUGUUCUAUAUGAGGCAACAGCUAUGUGUAGAUCAAGUGCAAAAGAUACUUCGCAGAUGGUUGACUUGGUAACAUACUAUGGCAGAGUGUUGGAGAUUCUGCUGAUCGAUUACAAUACAUUUUACAUUCCUGUAUUUCGCUGUCAGUGGGCAAAUAUAGGUAACGGAGUCAAGGUAGAAGAUGGCUUCACACUAGUGAACCUCAACCAAAGUCAAAUGGCUUAUGCUAGAGAUCCAUACAUCCUCGCCUCACAAGCAAAGCAAGUCUUUUACUCAAGAGUAGAUGAGUCAUCAAGUUGGUAUGUAGCUAUGAGAGGGCCUACAAGAAGAUACCGUGAGGAAGAUGCUGAGGAUGGACAUUUGGAUGUUGGUCCAAUGCCAGCAGUAGUGGCCAUGGAUGUUGAUGAUUUAGUUGAUGAAUCUAGAAAUGCCAGAGCUGACUGUGAAGGAAUAUAUGUUUGAAAAG